AUGCCAGGGGAAUUAUGUCAAGAUGAGUCUAAUGUAGAUAUUCUAACUAAAUUUAAAACAGAAUUCUUUUAUUAUUCAUUGGAUAUAGUCAAUGAAACAUUGGAAAAUAUAUUUCGUUCGUCUCGAGGUCUUUUAACUGACCUAAGUUUGUUAACUGAAGAACGAAUAUUGUUCACAAAAAAAAAAAAUGAAUAUGCACUGUCUAAAAAUGAAUUCAGUGAAUUGGCUAAAUGGUUACCACAAAUACAUUUAGAAAAUCUUCAAACUAAAUACAAAGUUUUUGCUGAAAGUUAUCAGGCAUUGGAGAACACAAGUUCUAAUCAAAAUAUAUUUCAAUCACUUAAUAAGAAAGAUGCUGUUGAUCCUGAAGAUGAUGAAAACUAUGAUGAAAAUACAUGUAGUACAUCCGAAAAAGAGCACAAUCCUAUUAAAGGAUUUUCAUCAUCUAUGCUACAUCUGCUUAGUUCUCAUGGAUUGAUGGCUUCUUUUCCAAACAUGUAUCUAGCGUACAAAGGAUUAUGUACAAUACCAGCAUCUUCAGCAUCUGCUGAACGUACAUUUUCUAAGUUGAAAAUAAUAAAAAAUAGAUUAAGAACUACUACUCAACAAGACCGUUUGGAAUCGUUGAUACUAUUAUCUUCAGAAAAAGAUAUAGAAAUUGAUCUUGAAAAGGCAACUGAUCUACUAGCAAGAUCAUCCGAUAUUUUAUCAAAGCAGUUGUUACCGUCUUAA